CUCCGGCUGCAAUCCCGGCGCGGACUACAAGUACCACGAGCUCCCGUCUGAGUACUACAGGUCCCACAAUACCUCACGCCGCCUGGUGUCUCCGCGUCGGUCCCGAUUUAAAUCCAGACAGUGAGGAAAAUGGCGGUGUGGGGCUGAGUGUGGGGGAGAUGGAGAUGUAGCUGAGCUUUGGCUGAUUUCCCAGGUAUUCCUACUGACUUCUGCUGUAGCGAAUACUGUGCUCGGAUGUGACUUAAAAUGAAUUCUGAUUCUGAAGGUCCUCUGAAAAAUAUGCAGUGCUUGAAUGUUUGCUAAGGACUACUGCUGAUGCAAGGUCAAGAUGAGUGAAUUAGGAGAAAACUCCUUAGAUAGUUUGACUAAUGAGUCAAGGAAGCGCAAGCCAUUGCCCUGUGAUACACAAGGUGCAAGUCUGGUCUGCAGUGGUGAGAAGCGUCGACGUGAGCAGGAAAGCAAAUACAUUGAAGAGCUGGCUGAGCUGAUAUCUGCUAAUCUGAGUGACAUCGACAAUUUCAAUGUCAAACCAGACAAAUGUGCUAUCUUAAAAGAAACUGUGAGACAGAUUCGACAAAUAAAAGAGCAAGGAAAAGCAGUUUCUAAUGAUGAUGAUGUUCAGAAAGCUGAUGUAUCAUCCACAGGUCAAGGAGUUAUUGACAAGGAUUCAUUGGGACCUCUUUUAUUACAGGCAUUGGACGGCUUCCUCUUUGUUGUAAAUCGAGAUGGGAACAUAGUAUUUGUAUCAGAAAAUGUCACACAGUAUCUGCAGUAUAAACAAGAAGAUUUGGUUAAUACAAGUGUGUAUGGUAUCUUGCAUGAAGAGGACCGGAAGGACUUUCUUAAAAACUUACCUAAAUCUUCAGUUAAUGGAGUUUCUUGGAGUAAUGAAGCACCGAGACAGAAGAGCCAUACAUUCAAUUGUCGGAUGAUGGUGAAAAGCUCUCAUGACCUCUUUGAAGAUGUAGGUGGCUACCAGGAUAUUCGUCAAAAAUAUGAAACUAUGCAGUGCUUCGCUUUAUCGCAGCCAAGAGCUAUGAUGGAAGAGGGGGAAGAUUUGCAGUCCUGUAUGAUUUGUGUGGCGCGUCGUAUCAUGACUGCAGAAAGGGUAUUUCCAGGAAAUCCAGAGAGCUUUAUUACAAGACAUGAUCUUUCAGGCAAACUUGUCAACAUUGAUACAAACUCAUUACGGUCUUCCAUGAGACCUGGCUUCGAAGAUAUAAUUCGUCGCUGUAUUCAGAGGUUCUUAUGCCACAAUGACGGGCAGUCAUGGUCAAAUAAACGCCACUAUCAUGAAGCUUAUACACAAGGUCAUGCUGAAACCCCGUUGUAUAGAUUUUCUUUAGCGGAUGGUACAAUAGUGACAGCACAAACAAAGAGUAAGCUGUUUCGAAAUCCUGUAACUAAUGACCGCCAUGGAUUUGUCUCUACCCACUUCCUUCAAAGAGAACAAAAUGGAUAUCGGCCAAAUCCUAAUUCUGUUGGGCAAAACACCAGAACAACUGUGACUGGAAACACAAAUUCUGUUAAUGGUCUUAUGAACAUGUCACCUGGUCAAGCCAUGCCAAUGCAGAACAGAAACUAUGGGAUGGGAGAUCCCAAUGCAGUGGGUCAGCUCACCAGCACUCGAUUUGGAAGCCCUGGGAAUAUGGGGCCAGUGAACUCUGGAACUGGCAUGCAGUCCUCUGCUUAUCAGAGUAACAGUUUUGUGUUAAAUAUAAGUAGCCCACCACAUGGCAGUCCUGGCUUAACUUCCAGCCAACAGAAUCUAAUGGUAUCUCCUAGGAAUCGAGGGAGUCCAAAAAUGAGUUCACACCAGUAUUCUCCAGUUACAGGUAUGCACUCGCCUAUGGGAUCUGCCAGCAACACUAGCAACAGCACUUUUUCUAGCAGUUCUCUAAGUGCUCUGCAAGCCAUUAGUGAGGGUGUUGGAAAUUCCCUUUUAUCAACACUUUCUUCUCCGGGUCCAAAAUUGGAUAAUUCCCCAAACAUUAGCGUAACUCAGCAAAUUAAAACAAGUACCCAGGACUCCAAAAGCCCUUCUGGUUUGUAUUGUGAACAAAACCAAGUGGAAAGUUCUAUUUGCCAGUCAAACAGCAGAGAUCUCUUCAGUGAAAAAGAUAGUAAAGAGGGAAAUCUGGAGGCAUCUGAAAGUCAGAGAGGACCAUCUGAGAGCAAAGGACAUAAAAAACUCCUUCAGCUACUUACAUGCUCCUCAGAUGAAAGAGGACAUUCUACAGCAUCAAACUCACCUUUAGACUCAAAUUGUAAAGAAUCUUCUACCACCGUUGCCAGUCCUUCAGGAGUUUCCUCAUCAACAUCUGCAGGGAUAUCUUCCUCCUCAAACAUGCAUGGGUCACUCCUGCAAGAGAAGCACAGGAUUUUACAUAAAUUGUUGCAGAAUGGUAAUUCUCCAGCAGAGGUGGCCAAGAUCACAGCUGAAGCUACUGGUAAAGACACAUAUCAUGAUGCAAGUAACACAACCUCUUGUGGAGAAGACACUGUCAAACAGGAACAACUAAGUCCAAAGAAGAAAGAAAACAAUGCUUUACUAAGAUAUCUACUAGAUAAAGAUGAUAUUAAGGAACCGCUUUCCAAAGAGCUGAAGCCUAAAGUAGAAGGUGUGGAUAAUAACAUGGGACAAUGCACAAGUUCUGCAAUUCCCACUUCAAGUCAAGAAAAAGAGAUGAAAAUAAAAAUUGAGCCAGCAGAGGAGAUGAAUGGAGACUUGGAUAAUUUGGAUGCAAUUCUAGGUGAUCUUACUAGUUCAGAGUUUUACAAUAAUGCUAUCUCUGCAAAUGGAAAUAACCCUGGAACAAAGCAAGCAUUAUUUCAAGGAAAUGCCCUGUUGGGUGUGAAGAGUCCCCAGUCUGUGCAGACUACUCGCCCACCUUUUAACAGAGCCAUGUCUUUAGACAGCCCGAUGGGCUCAGGUGCUUCAGUGAGGAAUGUCAAUGUCAAUGCAUUCUCCAUGUUACAAAAGCAAAACUUGAUGGGUGGAAGUCCAAGAAUGAUUGAAAAUCAAGAAAAUUUUGGAGCAAAUCUGGCAAGUGCUCCCCACAGACAUGUGGCGAUGAAUCAGCAUCAGCCAGGAGACUGGGGUUUGCCAAACUCUAAAGUGAACGGAUUGGAAUCUGCAAGUUCUGCUGCAAUGUUGAGACCAGGAGUUGAAUUUAGUACAACCCUUCCGAGGCCCCCAGAGGCUGGCUCUGUGUCUGGGCUGCCUGUUCGCUCUAACAGCAUACCUGGUAAUAGGCCAAUGCUGCAACAGCAAAUGAUUCACAUGAGGCCAAAUGAGAUAAACAUUGACAUGGGAGGUAAUCACUAUGGACAGCCUGGACCUUCUAACCAACCUGGAUUGUGGCCUGACAAUAUGAUGUCCAUGGAGCAAGCAUCACGGGGUUCACAAAACAGACUACUAGUUAGAAGCUCUUUGGAUGAUCUCUUAUGUUCGGCACCAAAUAUGGAAGGCCAGAAUGAUGAAAGGGCACUUCUAGAUCAGCUGCACACACUAUUGAGUAAUACAGAUGUCACAAGUCUGGAAGAAAUUGACAGAGCGUUAGGAAUUCCUGAUCUUGUAAACCAAGGACAAGCUUUGGAACCCAAAGAAGAUUCAUUUCAAGGUCAGGAAUCUUCAAUUAUGAUUGACCAGAAGCCUUUGUUAUAUGGUCAACCCUAUCAAGGGCAAGGGGCAGCAAUGCCAGGAAGUUUUAGUAACAUCCAGGGACAACAGCCGUCUUUUAAUUCAUUGAUGAAUCAGAUGAGCCAACCGAGCAAUUUUCCUCUGCAAAGUAUCCAUCCCCGAGCAAAUGUGAUGAGACCUAGGACCAACACACCAAAGCAGCUACGCAUGCAGCUCCAGCAGAGGCUCCAGGGACAGCAGUUUAUGAAUCAGACCCGUCAAAGUCUUGAAAUAAAAAUGGAAAAUCCAGUCAGUGGUACUAACUCAGUGAUGAGACCAGUUAUGCAGCCACAGGUGGGAUCCCAGCAGCAAGGUUUUCUUAAUGCUCAAAUGGUGGCUCAGCGUAACAGGGAACUAAUAAGUCACCAUUUUAGACAACAGAGGAUGGCAAUAAUGAUGCAGCAGCAACAUCAACCUCAGGCCUUCAGUCCACCACCAAAUGUGACAGCCUCAGGAAGCAUGGACAGUGCUUUGACAGGCCCUCCAAUGGCUCAAGUUCCUUCACAGCAAUUUCCCUAUCCACCUAAUUAUGGAAUAAGCCAACAACCCGAUCCUGCAUUUAGUAGAGUAUCAAGCCCUCCCAAUCCAAUGGUGUCAUCAAGAAUUGGACCCUCCCAGAAUCCUAUGCUGCAGCAUCCUCAGUCAGCAACAAUGUACCAGUCGUCAGAGAUGAAAGGCUGGCCCUCAGGAAGCAUCCCCAGAAACAGUUCUUUUUCCCAGCAGCAGUUCAGCCAUCAAGGUAGCCCAGCAGCAUACAGUAUGAUGCACAUGAAUGGCAGCAGUGGCCAUAUUGGACAGAUGAGUAUUAAUACCAUGCCUAUGUCAGGACUGCCUAUGGGUCCAGACCAGGUUACUAAAGUCUGGCCUUGGUAAACUCUCUAAAUCUGAUGGCUCUCUUCCUCAACUACUACAGAAACCAGCUGCCUUAGGGAUGGUAUUGCUAAGAAGUUGCAACCUCAAAAUUGAGUUGUAAAAUGGAGUCCAGAGGAAUUUAAGUCAAGAAAGUCAACUGCUUUCAGAGCCCAAAUCAUCCAGCUGGUAUUGCACCACUUGACCUGCAUGUUUGUCUUCACUGGAACCUGAAAGGAACAAAGUUUUCCACUAAUGUCUAUGUAUUUUGCAUUUGUUAGACAAAAGAGCUUUUUUUUUUUUUGAUAACAGAAAGUAAAACUGGGCCCUGUAAAGACAUUUUUAAAAAAAUAUCUCUAGUGUCUAGAAAUACAGAUUAAGUUUAGAGGUACUUUCUUAUAUCCCAUUCUCACAAUUGCCACUUCAAAUGCAUUAUCUGUAAAGUAAUGAACUUUUUAUUUUUAGUAACAAAUAAUGUUAUUAAAAAUGACAUUUUGAUCCAGCUUUGACACCACCUCAAAAGUAAAAUGACUGUCAGGGAAAUUUGAAUAAAAAUGCACUCUUUGUACACACUUCUGUUUCUUUACUAUUCAGUGUGGCCUAUCAUCAUUUUCCUACAUGCAGCUUAAGAAUUCCUUUAAUCACAUACACUCGCUCAUCACAGGAAGAAGAGAUCAAAUCCACAGCGAGAAAAACAUAAUAGGCCAAAACACAGCCAAUGAUUUUGAGAGCUCACUAUUUAAACUUUCCACCUACUGCAAAGCUCUGUUUGAACUUCCUUAUAACAACAAGAGCACACUAAAGAAAUAAAGAGGACAAAAAAGGAAACAUUCCAGACUUGUAAACCCAGACAUACCAAAUGUUCAUGUUUAUGGGUUUCUGGUGCUUAAGUGCUUUACAGUCAAGUUAUGUAUUUUUACAUUGUCCAAAUCGCACAUAUAUGACACAGCCCUGUUGUGAAACUGACUUUACUCAAUUUAGAAAAUGCAGUUGCCUGCUAAAUGCACUGGUGCACCUGAAAAUGCAUUCUAAACCAUGCCUACACUAGAAUGUAAUUAUUUUAUCAAAAUGUCUGGUGCUCCAGCCUCUGUACCAGCAAUUUAGUCUGGUCUUUUAGACCAUCUGUUCUCACUAUAUGUAAUUGAUUUCAAUCUUUCUGAAAGACCAAUCCUUAUACCCUAUUAGGGUUUACAACAUGCUUGAUGCACCCCAGAUGCAGGGCAUCCAUUCUGCUUUUCUGCAAAUGACUGUAGAUUGGAAUGCAAUGAGAUGACCUUUUGCAAAUCUAUCUCUGUUAUGCACAACAGAAAUGAGUGAUCAGGGCAUUUCCUUCAAAACUUUGCUACUGCUUGGAACUACUGCAUUAAUGUGGACAUGACCCUUAGUCCAGUUAGAAACUUGUAUUUUCUGUUUGGCAGUGGUUCAAACUAAUGAAUAGCAUUUACUGGCAUUCAAGCAGGGCUGCAAUCCAAUCUCAUGCACUCAUCAAAUUCUGAGUAGCAGACCCCAAAGGUGCGCUAACAAUUAUGCAAACCAGCACAGAACAUGCUUUAUCCCAAGUCUCACAGAACAGGUCAUAAAAAUGCAAAUACUCAUCAUGAGUAUCCAGGUGACUCCCUUAACUAACCAUAGUCCAGUUUUCCACAUAAGCUAUUUAGAAAAAACUUGGUAUGUCACCUUGAUUUGUACAGCUUUGGGCUCACUUACAUUUGGUGUGUGAUUUAUUAGAUAAGUGCAGGUAGAAGAAUAGCCAACACCAAUGAAAAAGUCUCUGUCAAUAGGUCCAAGCUAACUCUUCCCUGUACAGCACACCCCAGAUGUGGGAAGAGGGAGAAACAAAGCAUCUGUGGAGGCAAAUACUUUACUUUGGACACAAGCAAUGGCUGUGUGAUUGUCAAGAUCCUGUUUUGUGUUGCUGAAGUUUAUGCCUUAAGGUUCAAUGAGGCUAAUGAGCUGAAGGGUGUAGUAUAAACUCUGUCUCAUCUGAGCAGAUCACAGGGGAAAAGCACCAUUCUGAUCCCUCUGUGAGAGGGAGCAAGUUUCACUUUUUUUACCUUAACUUUCUACAUACAUAAACUAAAGAUAAUUAUACACUUAACCACCUCCUUUGCAUGUUGUGAAAAUUAGCUAAUGUUUAGAAAGCAGCAAGUACUUAAGUAACUGUUAAGUAUUAUCAGAUAUCAUUACAUUGCCCUCACUUUAAUUGUUUUCCUGUCCUCAUUAAGUGCCUUCCAUCUACUGCUGUUGAUUCCCCAUUACUUAAUUCCUUCUGUGACUUAAAAAAAAUUACUUAAAUGUGUACAAAUUCUAGUGUUCUUUACAGAUUGUUGGCUGUAGCACAUAUUUAAACAUCGAAUAUACUGGAUGGAACCACUAAUUGUUUUUCAACUCAGAAUUUGCUUAGUAACUACUAAUCAGCUUGCAAGACAAAUAUAAUGGGAGAAAAUAAAUUUAAACUCUGUGUUUCAAGUUUGUGUCAUGAUAUAAAAAGACUAAUCUGCUAAAUAAUUAAAGCUCUGUAUUUGUGGAGUGAGAGGAAAGAAACAUUACAAGUAACUAAUAAUUCCGUGUUGCUGUUUACCUCUAAUCUAUAAUUAAACUAUAUACGUCAAAUA